CUUUCGCUCAGCCCCCGGUAGUAUUUUUACACGCGGGUGCAUUGCAUAAUAUCCCGGUAAUUAUUUGGGCCGGUCUCGUUUGUUUAUUCGCCGAGUGUAUCCAGAACUGGGAGACCUUUUCUUGCAUCUGUGGUGAUAAUGGCGUCCCAGGCCCUAUGGAGAAGAGUUCCUCUGGCGCUGCUGGUUCGGUCUCACCUGGCGCCUGCUAGCGUGGCGGCCGCUUCUCGCCAGCUGGUUCCCGGGCGAAGUCAGCAAACAGCGGCCCCCGCAGUUCCCGCGAAGAGAGGGCGACUGGACAACAGUGCAGAGUUUGUAGUGGCAAAGUUGGACGACCUCAUCAACUGGGCAAGAAAGGGUUCCCUGUGGCCAAUGACGUUUGGCCUGGCCUGCUGUGCCAUAGAGAUGAUGCACGCAGCUGCCGCCAGAUACGACAUGGACCGUCUUGGAGUCGUCUUCAGAGCCAGCCCCAGACAGUCGGACUGUAUGAUAGUAGCAGGGACACUGACCAAUAAGAUGGCUCCAGCCCUCCGAAAGGUCUACGACCAGAUGCCUGAGCCUCGCUGGGUCAUCUCCAUGGGAAGCUGUGCCAAUGGAGGAGGAUACUACCACUAUUCUUAUUCUGUGGUCCGAGGUUGUGACCGCAUCGUUCCAGUGGACAUUUACGUCCCCGGCUGCCCGCCCACUGCUGAGGCACUCAUCUACGGCAUUCUGCAGCUGCAGAAGAAAAUCAAGAGAUCCAAGACGCUGCAGAUGUGGUACAGAAAGUAA